CCGCCACAACCAUAGAGUCGGAAUUCCAAGCUGAUAGGAGCGCUCCGAACGCGGACCGGAAGCUCCUGGACGCUAUGGCGUCAUCAUACAGCGACGGCGGUGUUCCGAACGGGAGCAAUAUGUCGCCGUUGUCAUUUUGUUUGACUGAAGCAAAAGAUAAAUUCACGGUUGCCACCAGAGAAGCAGUGGGAUGCAAGAACAUCAAACCCUUGCUGAACAUAUUUACCCAGCUGCCUGGAAGUGAAAAUGAAAAGAAACCGACGCUUGAUCAAGUAUUCAGAGUUGUUCUUGAGGAGGAAAUUAUAAACCAAGUAUCAUGUGAAAACUGUCUAGCUAUUAUAUCACUGGCCAUAAAUGGGGUUACAGAUGGUAUUUGCACUGCAACGACACCAUUUGUGCUCUUGGGAGAUGUGCUUGACUGUCUGCCUCUAGCGUACUGCGACAAGAUCUUCACUUUUGUUGAGAAAAAUGUUGGUACCUGGAAAUCUAAUACAUUUUACUCAGCGGGGAAAAACUACCUGCUACGGAUGUGUAAUGAUCUCUUAAGAAGACUAUCAAAAUCUCAGAACACAGUUUUCUGUGGAAGGAUUCAACUAUUUCUUGCACGACUCUUCCCUCUCUCUGAAAAAUCUGGCUUGAACUUGCAGUCACAGUUUAAUUUGGAGAAUGUCACUGUAUUUAAUGCCAAUGAGCAGGAAAGCACAUUGGGACAGAAGGUGGAAGAAAAAGAUGACGGGAUGGAGAUUGAAGAAGGGGAAAUGGGAGAUGAUGAUGCACCUAAUAGUUCAUCUAUCCCCAUAGACUACAACCUGUAUAGGAAGUUCUGGACACUUCAAGACUUCUUCAGGAAUCCUGUGCAGUGUUACGACAAGAACUCCUGGAAAACCUUUCUCAAAUUUUCAGAUGAAGUUCUUACUGUAUUUAAAAGUUAUAAGCUGGAUGAUACUCAGGCAUCAAGGAAAAAGAUCGAAGAGCUAAAAUCUGGAGGAGAACAUGUGUAUUUUGCCAAAUUUUUGACCAGUGAAAAGUUAAUGGAUCUGCAGCUGAGUGACAGCAACUUCCGUCGCCAUAUAUUGGUUCAGUACCUUAUUCUGUUUCAGUAUCUAAAGGGACAAGUCAAAUUUAAAAGUUCCAAUUAUAUUCUUCUAGAUGAACAGUCUCUUUGGAUUGAGGACACCACCAAGCUUGUCCAUCAGCUGCUUUCUGAAACACCUCCAGUUGGGGAAAAGUUUUCUAAAACAGUGGAGCAUAUACUGAAUACUGAAGAAAACUGGAACGCAUGGAAAAACGAAGGCUGUCCAAGUUUUGUAAAGGAAAGACCAACAGAAACAAAGCCACAGAAAAUGGCAAAAAAACGGCCAUUACCGGAGGAGUUUCUAGGAAAAGGUUCAAAUAAGAAAAUGUCCAUGGGAAAUGAUGAGUUAACUCGGCUUUGGAAUCUGUGCCCUGACAACAUGGAAGCAUGCAGAUCUGAAAGCAGGGAGUUUAUGCCAUCUUUGGAACAGUUCUUUGAAGAGGCCAUUGAACAAGCUGAUCCUGAAAAUAUGGUGGACAAUGAGUAUAAGGUGGUGAAUAAUGCCAAUUAUGGCUGGAGGGCACUUAGACUGUUGGCACGCCGAAGCCCCCAUUUCUUUCAACCUACCAACCAGCAGUUUAAAAGCUUACCAGAAUACCUGGAGAAUAUGGUGAUCAAGCUAGCUAAAGAAUUGCCUCCACCAUCAGAAGAAAUAAAAACUGUUGAUGAAGACGAAGAUGAGGACAAUGAAUCUUUGUUAAAGGAGAACAAUGAAAGUCCAGCCGAAGUACAACAACAAAAACUGAGCAUGAGUGAGCAGAUUGAGUCAUUCGCUAACAAACUGGGCGAGCACUGGAAGACACUCGCCCCCCAUCUGGAUAUGAAGGAGAUGGACAUUAAAGUGAUAGAAUCUGACACUGAGGAUGCAAAAAUGAGAGCGAAGCUCCUGCUUCUCGCUUGGCAAGAGCGAGAGGGAGGCCAUGCAAACUUGGAGAAUCUAAUAAGUGCACUGAAUAGCGCCGGCUUAAAUGAACUGGCAGAAAGCAUAACCAAUGACUCUGAAAAUGGUUCCUGAUUAUUACCUGGAUUGUUUGUUUUUUGCAAGGAGGACUUCCUUACCCACUGCUGCUUACAUGCCCUCAUAGUUAGCUGGGUAACUUUCAUAGAGAUUUUUUUUUUUUUUUUUUAAAUGUAAUAAUUGUGGGGUGGGAGGGGCUGAAUGUUUAUUAAAGCAUUUUCUAUUUCCA